AUGACUGAGGCUACGCACCAAACGGUGAACAUUUGUGAGGAUGACCUCAAAGUAGCAAUGAAAAUGCCUAUUCGCGCCCAUGUGCGCCUGGUGGGCAUCGAAAAGACACAUCCGGAUGUUGUGGCAAGAGAUCUAGAAACAAUAAAGCGAUGUCUCACAAUACAGGAAGCCGUUGAGACAAUUACAGAAAUCCGCAGUCGGUGGAUUUCUGCAGGAAUUUUUCGGAGCGUUCAGUAUAAUUUUGAACCGACUGCAGAUGGAAAUCAAAACGAUAUCUGUGUUCGAUUAGAUGUUGUCGAAGAGAAGCCCAAAAAGAGUAUCGGUGUCUUUACAACUGACACUUCCAUUCCAGAAAUUACUGUUGCUCUUGAGAACAUAUUAGGCGGUCGUUACUCUGUCAAAGGCAACUACAUUCCUCCUGCGACCCGAGUUCAUUCGAUAUCGUUUUCUUUUCUCUCGAACGUUCCCCUCAUUGGCCAGAGUGCUGAAUACUAUAUAGGGAGGAAAACGGAAAACAAAACCUACCACCUAGCAAACUCUGAGCGCGUAGAGGAGGUGAAGGCAACCACCACAAAUCGCAAAGGCAAACUUGCGACUGAAUUUUCGGUCGGAUUCCAGCGGCGGACACUAUUAACGAAGCAUAUGAAGAGUAUCCCUGCGGAGGACGUGGCUGAUUUUUCUGCGACGGAUAAGGGCUACGUUCGGCACCAACUCACCAUUACAGACGUUGCUCACCACGCCAAUCCGUUUCUCUACAAUAUGUACCCACUCCCUAUUUAUGGCACACAGAUCAGCUUUUGCAAUGAAUUUGCCGGUGGACCUGUUGGUGGUGACUUUUCGUUUCUGAAAAGUGAAUUUCAAGGGUCCAAGUACAUCCCACUAGGUCCCUUUUUCAGUAUGCAGUUAAGUGCAAAACUCGCUGGAAUUUACCCCUUUUUUGGAAGUCGUAUCCCUCUCAAUGAUCGGCUAUUCUUGUCCAAUUGUCAUGUUCGCGGGUUUAAGUCAGUCGGGCCCUCUACAUUAGAUUGGGGAGGCAAUAUUAGUCGCUUCGCGGCAACUGGAGGCAAUGCUCUGUGGGCUACAUCGCUAAGUCUGAACUUUCCGUUUCUUUUUUUCCCAAACAACGGGAUCGCUUCAAUGCACCUUUUUGCAAACGCCGGCCAUGUGCGCAUGACUGACUCGCUCGAUGCACUCAAGGAUGCCUAUCGCUGGUUGCGGGAUUGUGCGUGCUCUAUUGGUGCUGGAAUCGUAAUUACGCGGAUACCCAUCUUCGGCAUCGCACCGAGUGGACGCUUUGAGCUAAACAUGUCGAUCCCUCUCGGCAUAGAUAAGCAGGGUAACGUUGUUUGCCGCAACGGCCGCAAAAGUUUGUUCGACCGCUUCCGAUUCGGUCUGGUGUGGUCAUCUAAUUUCUCGUUCUAA